AUGGAGGAGCCUUCUGAGAUGGAUCUCGAAGUUAGACGUGGUAGGAAUUUCAUGGCCCGUAGCAAAUGCAAAGGAACAUCCAAGUAUGGAGAUCUAUUAAAGUACAAAGUUAUUACACAUUUUGAGCUGCACACAGUUAUUGCUACGGAUAGGAAAUUGGAAGAGCUAAUGGUUGCGGAUCAGGGUGAGAAAAGUGAAGAUGGAGAAGCUGAAGAGGAUGCAGCUCUUGAUAAAAUUCGAUUCGAGAGCUUGACCGACAAGAGCAAGCUUGAUGGACAACUCAAACUCUUCAUCAGGUUGGUCCCAACCAAGACCAACAAGACACACUCUGUUAUUGACUGUGACAUCAACUUGACCAAAGCAUAUAUGGUGAACAAUUUGGAUACCAUUGCGAGGUAUGAACUAAGGAUUUUAUGGAAGCACUCCAAGCUGGAGCUGGUGUGA